AUGAAAAGUAAUCGUAAUCAAGAAAAAAGUCAAUUCAGUGUUAGAGUACAUAUACUCAGUUUUUCAAACAAUAAAUUAAUUAAUAAUUAAUAAAUUAAAAAAAAAAGUCUUAAUCAAUAAAUAACAAAAAACAACUAAAAAAGACAGAAAAAUAAAUAGCUUAAUAAUAUGAGCUCAAACCAACAAUUACCUUCUUCUAAUUUAUAAGAAUCUGUUUAUGAGUACUGUGUGGUAGGUGCUGGUCCUGCAGGUAUCUGUGCUAUUGCCAAAAUCUUGGAGAGAAAGGUAGAUCCUAAAAAGAUUUUAUGGGUUGACCCUCAAUUCUAAGUAGGAGCUUUUGGCAGAGAAUGGGCUGGUGUACCAGGAAACACCUCUGUAGAGAGCUACAUUAAAGUCAACUAGGAGAUCUUUAAGAUACUAAACAAAUUAACUAAUGAAAGUAUCCCUAAAUUUGAUAUAGAUACUAUGCCUUUGAAAGCAACAUGUGCUCUAGAAGUUGCAGCUGAGCCUAUGUAAUAUAUUACAGACCGUUUUUUGAAGAUUGUUUCUUCUUAGAGGAGCAUUGUAAAAAAAAUUUCGCGCACUAAUCUUGGGUGGGCUCUUUUACUUGACAAUGGUGACAAUGCUUUUUCAAACAGAAUUAUCUUGAGUGUGGGUGUAAAAUCAAGAACAGUUGAUUUGCCUAAGAAGGAAAGCUAGCAUAUUAAAAUAGUUCCAGUAGAAGAUAUUGUAGACGACUAGCGCUUAAAAAAGGUUUCAAAAGGAAUGAAGAGAGUGGCUGUAAUCGGCUCUUCACACACAGCUGCUUUAGCCACUAUGCAUUUGCUAUAAGCUGGCUUAACUGUUUGCUAGUUCAUAAAUGCUCCUUAUAAAUAUGCACAACCUAUAACUUUAAAUAACUAACAAAGCACCCUAUUUGAUAAUACUGGUUUAAAAGGUUAGGUUGCAGAAUUUACUAAAAAACUCACUACUGAUUUAGUAGAGGAAAAGUAUAAAAAGACUAUACGCUUUUUUAAAUCAGAUGAACAAAAUCUAAAAAAAAUCCUCCCAAAAUGCUCACAUCUUGUUUUCGCUAUUGGAUUUGAACCUAACAACAAAAUUGAGAUUGAAGACUAUUUUGAUUAAAACUUAACUCAUGACCCCCUUACUUCUAUUCUUCGUGAUGGAAUAUUUGGAAUUGGUAUCAGCUAUCCCCUUUAAUAGCUUAACUGCGGAAUCCUAGAAUAUUAAGUAGGAUAUGGCAAAUUCUGGAAUACAAUCAAUGAUUACAUCAUUAACAUCUGGGCAAGCUAUCCUAUAGUUUCUGCUAUGUAAUUUUAAUAAUUAGCCCAAAGGCCUAUGAAAUAGAUUUCUCAGACAUAAAUAGCUUAAAAUACAAAAACUCCAAUUCCUAGACUUUGA